AUGUGUAAAGCUCAGGAUAGGGAUUAUAUCGAACAAAUUAAUGGUUUAAAGACACAUAUCUUCGAUAUGCGUAGUAGUAUCGAUACAAGUAUUUUAAGAUCACGGUCUAUAUAUGAAUUUAUUGAGGAAAUUAAAAAAUUAUGCCAAACCAUAAGAGAAGAUAUGAUUCUUAUGAGAUCAACUAUAUCAGAAUUAGAAACUACUUUAGAAAUUUACGAGCAAUCUACAGCUGAUGUCGAUAAAGCCACAAAGUCUACUGUUAAUAGCCUACUUGCCCAGUUGGAAAUGUCGAAGGUUAACUAUAAUGAAAUGUGUAAACACUACGAAAGAACUAUUCAAGACAUUCAAAAGAAUACUGAGAGUAAAAAACAAGAGUUGAGAGAAUACAGAAACUCCAAGGCAGACGAAAUAGAUGCUUUAAAAGAGGAAGUUUCGAAAUAUAAAACUCAAGCAGUUACUGCCGAAACACUUUUAACAGAGUUAAAAGAAAGAUGCAAGCGACUUGAAGAGGCUCAGCACCUUAUUCCUACAACUCAGAACACAGGUUCCACCGCAAAGAAUUCACGUAGUCUUUUGUCAACUGCCAGUUAUUCUCGGCAAGUCGUAUUCUCUUUUGCAAAAAUAAGACGUUGCCGACUAGAAAUAAGGUACUGGAAAUCGUGGAUUCUGAUGACGAGCCAGAAAGAAAGAAAUUCUAGGGAAAAGAAAUUAUAA